AUGAACCAGAGAGUAGGAUAAUAAGAUGAAUCUUGCAUAAAGAAAAAAAUAAUCAAAUCAACAUGGAAUACUAAAGAAGAUAAUUUACUCAAAAAAGGAAUCUAAAUUUGUGGGAUUAAUUGGAUAGCAAUAGCUCAAUACUUACCUAAUAGAAAUCCUAAUUAAUGCGCACAAAGAUGGAAAAGACUUUAAGGAAAUAGGGUGUUUUAUUUGAUUUAUAUAUUAGAGUAGAACCAAUCAAUUUUGGUCACCAGAAGAAGAUGUCAUGCUUUUAUAGCUUAUUUCCUAAUUUGGAAAAUAGUGGUCGAAGAUAGCUAAGAUUUUCUAAAACAGGAGCGGCAAACAAUGUAGAAAUAGAUUCGUUAAUACACUUGAUCCAAAAUUAAAAUAACAUAGCUUCACUCAAGAAGAAGAUUAACUAAUAUAUGAAUAUUACUUAGAAUUUGGUCCUAAGUGGUCGUAGAUAUCUAAAUUUAUCGAGGGUAGAUCGGUACUUUAACUAUUUAUUUAAGGAUAACUAAAUAAAGAAUAGAUUCUAUAAUCAUAUUAGGACUGAGUACCUUUAAAUUUAAAACCCAUAUUAUACAAAAUAAACACAUUAAAAGCCAAAAGAAUCCCUAAUUGAAGUAAGAGAAGAGCAUCUAAGAUAAUAUAGAAGUCUGAAAAAGUUAGAAAAAAUGGAAGAUCAGAAUGACCAUUAAACAAAGGAGGAAGAUUUAUUUAUGUAUACAAAUGAAGAAAAUUGCUCUGAUCUUGAUUUAGAAAUGUAUUCUAAUAUUGGCUUUUAAAAUAUGAGAUAUAAAAAAAACUUAUGA